GUCACUAGUUAGUCUGACGUGGGUGGUCGAGACUGCACGCCCUCAGUCGGCAAAUUUCGACAAACGAAGCUAAGUCCGUGCGUGCACAUUGUACCAUCGGGCAGCGAGACGCAGUGCUGUUUGCUGUUUGUUUGUGCUUCGGGUGUUCAGACACUGAUACUUUACACAAAUCAACCUUCAGAAUCAAAGGCACAGAUCACAGGUCAAGAUGUGCCAGUGUUGGUUACGAUGAAAACGUCUCUUCAAUGAAGAAAGAGCAGCAGACGAGGGCCCUCGCUCUACCACGAUGGAGGACCAGCAUGCAAAGUUGUCAGUUAUCUGUGACGUAAGUUCCUUUACUAAUAAUACAAAAGAGUCAAACACAAACAAUGACGCACUGAUGGAUACUCGUGGCAGCAGGUUGGACUACGAAUAUGUGGAAAACUGUGAUCGAUUUCCUUCCACCAGUGACAGACGACAGAAAGUCGCAAAUGGCCCAUAUCGAUCUACAUGGAAUGAGAGAGGAGUUUUCUUUUUUGCAAGUCUUGGAUUUACUACAGGUUUUCACGGUGUCUGCGUGUUCCCUGUGCUUUGUGAAUUGAAUGGAGGGGCAGCGUUUCUAGUCUGCACUGCGAUCCUCUACCUUGUGUGUAAACUAUCUGACAAUUAA